AUGCAUAAUGAAACAACAAUAACUUCAUAUCCAGAACCAGAAAUUUCUCCAUCAGUACCAACGAUUGCUGGGAUAAAGUUGGCUUCGACAACGGCUACAAGCACUACAACAACUUCUGAGUCCAUGGCAACUAUCAAUUCUACAACAAUAGAAAGUACUACAAUGCAACUACCAUUAUCAUCACUUAAUGAAUCUAUCAAAACUGUUGAUUCUACAAUAACCAUUAGUUCUAAAAUAACAGAAACUGUUACAACAAUACCUACUUCUACGGCAACGAUUACUCCUGAGAUAACGAAUUUUUUCUUAGUAACAAUUCCAGUUACUACAACCGCUAUUUACACUAUAACGGCGACUUCUAUUACAAUGUUUACAACUACAACAACUAGUGUUACUAACACAAUUCCUCCAUAUUGCAACGAAAUCAGUGAAUUACAAUUACCUAAUUGCACUUGUGCAUCGAAACUUGAUGUUCAGGUAUGA